GAAGAAUAAUUUUAUUCCCGUUUGCUACGCUUAUUCUAAACAUUACUUUUCGCUUUACGCUAUCAGUUAUCAUAUAUGUUUUGAAUGUUUUCAAUACUGUUGAGAGUUAACUUGUUCAAUUAACAAGAAAUUAUUAGCAUAACAAGCUUAUUAUUAUCGCUGGUACGGAAAUCGGACACGUUGUAUGAUUGAAUGUGAACUUACACAUGUGAAACGUAUCACAAUCGAAAUUUCCUACUUCCGUGACUGGUCUUGGAUUUCUUCCAGGAUCUUUCAACGCCGUCAAUAUGUGGACAAUAACUAUAACAAAGAAACGAUGGAAACAAUUUGCAAUCGGAGCUGGGAUUACACUUGUAGUUAUUGUGAUCUUCUUUAAAAUGUUAAAUUUGCCUAUUAACAAUAACAUUAAUUCGGCAAUGCCGAAGAGCAGACAUGAAUUUGAAACCAUUUACGAACGGCAGCAAAGACUAAUUGAGGAGCAACGUCUAGAACUACAGAGGACGAAAGAAGAACUGACCCGCCUGCAAGAUGAUCUGCGUGCACUGCAGUCAAAUACACCUCGCAAGUAUCCCAAAGUAAAAUAUUUAAAUUACAAAAAUCGUAAAAGAAUUUUAAUAACCGGAGGAGCGGGAUUUGUCGGUUCGCAUUUGGUUGACAAUCUUAUGUUGGCUGGUCAUGAAGUUAUUGUUGUUGACAACUUCUUUACGGGUCGCAAGCGCAAUGUCGCUCAUUGGCUAGGACACGAGAACUUCGAACUAAUCCACCACGACAUUGUAAACCCUUUGUUUAUUGAGGUAGAUGAAAUCUAUCACUUGGCAUCGCCAGCUUCCCCACCGCACUACAUGUUAAAUCCAGUGAAAACAAUCAAAACCAACACAAUGGGAACAAUAAAUGUUUUGGGUUUAGCAAAGCGUGUUAUGGCCCGAGUCUUGAUAGCAAGUACCUCCGAAGUAUACGGGGAUCCUACCGUUCAUCCACAGCCAGAAUCGUACUGGGGCCAUGUAAAUCCAAUAGGGCCGCGUGCAUGCUAUGACGAGGGUAAACGAGUUUCUGAAACGUUGAGUUAUGCUUAUGCCAAACAGGAAAAAGUUCAGGUCCGCGUAGCUAGAAUUUUCAAUACAUAUGGUCCCCGCAUGCAUAUGAAUGAUGGUCGAGUUGUAUCGAAUUUCAUUCUUCAAGCUUUGCGAAAUGAAACUAUAACUGUUUAUGGCAAUGGCAAGCAGACACGCUCUUUCCAGUACGUCGACGAUUUGGUCGAUGGUCUCAUAAGUCUUAUGAUGUCUAACUAUACGCAGCCGGUUAAUUUGGGCAAUCCUGUUGAACAUACCAUCGAAGAAUUUGCUUUUAUUAUCAAAGAGUUAGUAGGUGGCCAUAGUAAAGUCGAACGCACCGAUGCAAUGGAAGACGACCCACAACGAAGGAAACCCGAUAUAAAUAGAGCCAAGAAAUAUCUUAAUUGGGAGCCGAAAGUACCACUGAAAAUGGGUCUUCUUCGAACUAUUGACUAUUUUCGCAAGGAACUGGAGAGGUCGGAUCGAUAUGCAGCAAAUUCAAAAAAAUAUUUUGAAUCGCACGACUUAGAACGUAGCCAAAAACACUAUCAAUUUGAUACUGACAAUGGUUAGUGUUUAAUGCAAGGGAGAGAAAAUGAGGAAGGAGUACUUAGUUUAGAUUGUUUCCUUAAUUCUCCAAAAAUAUAUGACGAAACUCAUAUAGUUUAGAAAAUCUACAUCUUUGAAGCUAGUCUGUAAUGUAAAUAAGAGAAGACGAAGAAAGACACCGCCGUUUUCGAUUGUACACUAAAAAAAUAGUUGCAAUUACCUUACCCAAAAAAAAAGAAAUACACUCACAAACAAAAGAAGCCAUUGGAUGGAUAUAUGAUUUUAAAAUCCCCUCCCUUACUUGUAAUACCAUUUUUUUUAUCGUUUUAUUGUAAUUAUUUUUACGGAAGUCCCUCAUAAAUAGAAUUUUUAAGAGCACUAUUGUAAAUUUUAUGUAAGCAAAUUAUUUUAUAAGAAAAUAUACACAGUUUAUAA